AUGUCAUUUGAAAGCUUACAUAGGAUUAAACAAGAAGAAUUACAAAAAAAAACCGAAGAGAUAGUUAAAGAAUUAACUAUAGAAAGUGACGAAAUAUGUAAAUUAACCUCAUAUUUCAUCGAAUCUAUGGAGUCCGGUUUAGACCACCAAACUAGUACCAGUUCCAAGGGUCUACCCAUGAUUCCAACAUUCGUUUUAGAUAAACCCAAUGGUACCGAAAAAGGUGUUCUAAUGGCCUGCGACUUAGGUGGCACCAACUUUAGAGUGUGUUCUGUAACUUUAAACGGGGAUCAUACUUUUGAAUUAAAACAAUUAAAGACCAAAAUUCCCCUUGAGUAUUUAGAAGAUGACACUGUUACGAGCGAAGAAUUAUUUGGGUUUUUAGCCAGGAGAAUUAAGGUCUUCAUGAAUAAAUAUCAUCCUGAUGGUGCAAAGGAAAUUUUUAAAAUGGGGUUUACUUUUAGUUAUCCCGUUGAUCAAACUUCUUUAAGUGCAGGUACUUUAAUCAGAUGGACUAAAGGCUUUAAAAUAAAUGAUGCUGUUGGUAAAGAUGUUGUUCAGUUAUUACAGGAUCAAUUAAAUAAACUAGAAUUGGCCAAUGUAAAAAUUGUUGCUCUUUGUAACGACACAGUAGGGACGUUUUUAAGCCAUUGUUAUCGUUCUGUCAAUAGUGAUAGUUUAACCGUUGGUGAAAUCAGUGAGCCUGUUAUUGGCUGUAUUUUUGGCACCGGGACCAACGGUUGCUAUAUGGAGGAGAUUGCUAAUAUUAAAAAGUUACCUGCUGAGUUAAGGGAUGACUUGAUUAAUAAGCAAGGUAAACGUUAUAUGUGUAUUAACACUGAAUGGGGGUCUUUUGACAACGAAUUGAAGGUAUUGCCCACUACCAAAUAUGAUAUUAUCUUGGAUCAAAAAAUUAGUCCCAAUCCCGGUUUCCAUUUGUUUGAGAAAAGAAUCAGUGGGAUGUUUUUAGGUGAAAUAUUAAGAAUUAUUCUUGUUGAUUUGCAUCAACAGGAACUACUUUUCCAGCAGUUCAAAGUUUUACCACAUAGAUUGUCUACCCCAUUUGAAUUAUCAACUGAAGUCUUGAGUCACAUUGAAAUCGAUGAUUCCACGGAUUUAAGAGAAACAGAAUUGAAUUUAUUACAAAGCUUAAGACUACCAACUAAUUUGCAAGAAAGAGUGUGUAUACAGAAGAUUGUUAGGGCCAUUUCUAGGAGAUCUGCCUACUUGGCUGCUGUUCCCCUUGCUGCUAUAUUGAUCAAAACUAAAUGUUUGAAUAGGAGAUAUCAUGGCGAGGUGGAAAUUGGCUGCGACGGUAGUGUUGUUGAAUUUUACCCAGGGUAUAGAUCAAUGCUAAGACACGCCUUAAGUCUAAGUCCCAUUGGUCCAGAUGGUGAACGUAAAGUUCAUAUUUUUAUUGCAAAAGAUGGUUCCGGUGUAGGUGCAGCUUUAUGUGCUCUAGUUGCCUAA